AUGGCGCCACCGAGGCCACCCUCGAUAUCUCUCUCAAGGGUGGAAUGCGCCCCUAUUUCGGCCCAGAGAUACCAUCUGGACGGCGGAGGACUACGACAGCUAUUGGAGCUGGUGGUAUGCCUCGAACGAAAGCGACAAGCGCGUCUGGUCCGAGGACAAAGGUCGGGAGGGCUGGGCAAGAGAUCUAGAGAUCUGUGUCGACAAUGCACACGGGACAGAGAUCUGACACGUCACCCGUCCUGCUGUGCGUGCUGCAGAGGCGUGGCUGCCCAGUGGUGGACAGGUCCACAGCUUCGGGUUUCGCGAGAGUCCGGGCCUCUUCUCACCCGGACCCCGUGGUACUACGAAGGGUAAGCCGCGAUCAUGUAUCAAAUGCCUCACAUCCAGCGAGCGGGUCGAAUCUGUCGAUUUCCUUACGCGCGCAGAGGCGCCAUUUCAGGCCACGAGCGUCGGAAUCCCCUACAGUACUGCGCACGCAUACACGCGGAAGACAGGCCGUGGGUGGACUCGCUUUCUUGUAUGUGAUUGUGUUGGUUAGCGGCCAUCCGGGUAUCCAACGGUCAUGGUACGCUGCAUGACAGAGAGGGUUGCAUCCAGGUGCAAGUUGCUUGCAUCCCUUGCCUUGGUCUCCUUCAGGGGCUACGUUGGCAUUGCCCGCUGGAAUCCCGACUGCGGCUGGACCGGCAUUGCUAGAGCAGAGGAAAACCGGACCAUGGAAGGUGGGUGGGCCGAUUGAAAGACGGCGAGCCCGGCCAUGCAAUCACAACACCUGCUCUCUGUGUCCGUGCUCUGCUCUCUUUCAGACAUCUGCCGCUGGAACCCUGGCUGGUAACCUGUGACAUGUUGCAUCAAAUAAGAACGAGGGUCGAGGGCGUCUCGAUUGUCCUUCAGGGGAUGGGUCGGCAUUGCGCGAGGGUAUGGCCCCCACGAAUACACUGGAUUCGGGUGACGGACGCGCACCGCACAGAUACACACGUACAUACAUAUGCAAUGAAUGGAUUGGCCUCGUCUUGUGCACGGCCUGGUUCAGGUGGGUUGGCAACGGCCGCUGGUCAUGGGUGAGUGCACUGAAGAACGAGAGGAGUGCGCCAUUAGGGCAGGUUUCACGGAUGCGCCAUUAUGGAUGGGUGGGUUGCCAAGGGGCGCUGGUGAGUCCUGCCUACCAUGGCUGGUGAGCCAAUCCAGAAAAGAAAAGGAGAGAAGGCUUGUCGCUGCUUUGCCCAUUUUCCGGCCGCCUGUCUGUCCGGCGGCAUAUGAAUGGACCAGGGGGUGGUUCGGCAUUGCGAGAUGGCACCCUGCUGCCUGCGGUUGGGGAUGGACGGGCAUUGCCGGCUGGCUCGACAGCUACUUCGGGGUUCUGGGGCACGUGGGCCUAGGCCGCUGGAACCACUUUAUUUCCAUCGUAACCAACCUGCCUGCUAUCACUUGAUGCCCCGCCAUCACAUUUCUGUGUGUGUGUGUGUAUGCAGGGCGUCGCCGGUGGGGCUGGAUGUCGCCCGGUUAUUCAGCGGUGGGGCUGGGCGCCCCCCGGCAUUCAGCGGUGGGGCUGGAUGUCCCCGGGCUUUCAGCGGUGGGGAUGGGGGCCGCCCGGUAUUCAGCGCAUCUGA